ACAUCACUUCCUCUUAAACAAAAAGGCUGACUUGGGUUUAUUAGAUAUUGCUUAAGCCUUGGAGAGGAUCGUUGUGCUGAUUGAAUUAUCCCGGUGAAGAUCUUGGCAGACAUCAUGAAGGUUCAGUUAGCAGUUUUAUCGACUUUCUUCCUUUGUCAGUUGCUCAUUGCAGUUUCUGCUAGCGCAUUUGGAAAAGGUUUUGGAGAUCAUAUUCACUGGCGGACACUAGAAGAUGGGAAAAAGGAGGCAGCAGCCAGUGGGUUGCCUCUCAUGAUAAUCAUUCAUAAAUCCUGGUGUGGUGCUUGCAAAGCUUUAAAACCAAAGUUUGCUGAGUCUAAGGAAAUCUCAGAGCUUGCCCAUAAUUUUGUGAUGGUCAACCUUGAGGAUGAAGAGGAGCCCAAGGAUGAAGCCUUUAGUCCUGAUGGUGGUUACAUUCCUAGAAUCCUUUUCAUGGAUCCCAGUGGAAAGGUGCAUCCAGAGAUCAUAAAUGAGAGAGGAAACCCCAGCUACAAAUAUUUUUAUACCAAUGCUGAACAAGUCAUCCAAGGAAUGAAGGAAGCCCAGGACAAACUGACAGGUGAUUCUUUCAAGAAGAAACAUCUUGGAGAUGAAUUAUAAUACACUGGAGCUCUGUUUUUUAACAAAUUCUGAAACUAAAAUUAUAUAUGACUCUUUAGCCUCCCCUUUUCCAGAUGAGGAAUUUUAGCUGCACUGAGGUGAUCUUCUUCCUACUGAUAACUUGCUAGAUCAAAUGCUAUCUUUUUCAGACAGUGAAAUCAAAAUAAAUAACUCUGUCCACUCUUGUUUACAUUGAAGUGCCAGUUUUUAAGAGAAAUAAAGCUAGGAUGCUAACUGAUGAAUGAAUGUUUCAACUUUGACCAUAUGACAAAUCAGAGUUUCACUGGAGUUUAAAGCCUAACUCUUCUUAAAUUGCAUUUUUUUUCUAUAUGAGGAAAAGGCUGGUAUGUGAUGAGGGCAUUGGUCUUAUAGAAUCAUUUAUUACUUUUAUCAUAAACAGGCUUAUUACUGUCUGGCUUAUUUCAGUAGGAACUUCUAGAUAAGAAUGUUUAAGAUUUCAGUGAACAAUAUUGCUUUUAUUAUUUUAUUGUUCAUUUACUAAGCCAAUUAUAUUAAACUAAUCAUCUAGUUGUGGACACUACACCAAGUAAAGUUGUUUUCCUGUCUGCUCAAGGAGCAGCAUAAAAGAAUGUGGGAACUGCAUCUUUUCUUACAGAAUUGCUUAUUGUUCCUUUGAUUGCAUUUAGACAGAAGCAUUGUUUCCCCAUUUGUGCAUUUGACUUUUAGUUCUUUUGUGAAUAGAAGAAAAAAUGUAUUGAAGUAUUUAGUGUGAAAAUGUCCUCUUAACUUGCUGAAUGUUCUUGGUGGAUGCCUUGCUACAUCAUAUUGUACUGUAUUUUUGUAUUGGAGUAAACAAUAAAAUUAAUUUUUAUUUUUU